AUGGCCUCGACGCAGCUCUUCCGCGCGCUCGUGUCGGCCCAGUGGGUGGCCGAGGCGCUGCGGGCGCCGCGGGUGGUGGACGCCCGCGCCGCCGGCCGCUUCCGCGGCACCGAGCCCGAGCCCCGAGACGGCAUUGAACCUGGCCACAUCCCUGGCACCGUGAACAUCCCUUUCACUGACUUCCUGACCCAAGAGGGCCUGGAGAAGAGCCCCGAGGAGAUCCACCGCCUGUUCCAGGAGAGUGAGGUGGCCCUGUCCCAGCCACUGGUGGCCACAUGUGGCUCCGGUGUCACGGCCUGCCAUGUGGCACUGGGGGCCUACCUCUGCGGCAAGCCUAACGUGUCCAUCUAUGAUGGCUCCUGGGUGGAGUGGUACAUGCGCUCCCAGCCAGAGGACAUCAUCUCUGAGGGCCGAGGGAAGACCCACUGAGGCUGGGCUGGACACAAGCGAGCUUGGGCAAUGCCCAACCACCAGCAGCCCAGCCUCGUUCUGACUCUGCCUUAACCAAGAGAGUGUUUCUUCAUCCAACUCAGGUGGCAUUUGGGGUGACAUCCCAGAGGCCAGGAAUUCUGUUGACUCAUGGGCUCCCAGUGAUGGCAGGAGAGAAGGCGGUGGGUGAGCACCUAAUGGGUCCCAUGUGGUGAUUAGCUGGACCCCCACCUCCCUUUUGUCUUACUGCCGAGGAAAUAAAACAGCCAAGUGCCAAAUCCUUGUA